GGAAGCCUGAUUUCCAUCAUCUAGAUUCUACUGUAUUGUUAAUUUUAAAUUGUUAGCUAAAUAAGCAUAAAUUGCCAUGCAGUGAUACACCAUUUAGUUCGAUCAGGAACUAUUCAUGUUUUACCGUCUCACAUGAAUUGUAUGACGUUGUGAGCCGUAGGAGUCGUAUCGCUUUGCGAUUGCAGUUUUUGUUUUCAAAUCCGGUGAAUGUUUUGCCAUGCACCCGCUGGCGUUCUUGGGAUCUAGGAGCUUUGUAGCUCUGCGAAAGCAAGCUCCCUUCAGCAUCAGGCAACGCUAUGCUAGCAAAAAAGCUAUCGUCAUCCAUAAGGAAGUAGAAAAGAUCCGAAAUAUGGGAAUUAGCGCCCAUAUCGACAGUGGGAAAACCACCUUGUCAGAACGGAUCCUGUACUACACUGGACGCAUAGAGGAGAUGCAUGAAGUGAAAGGCAAAGAUCAAGUUGGAGCAGUAAUGGACUCCAUGGAAUUAGAGCGUCAGCGCGGAAUCACCAUCAAAUCCGCCGCGACGUAUACGGAGUGGAACGGGAAGAACAUAAAUUUUAUUGAUACGCCGGGGCACGUAGAUUUUACCGUGGAGGUGGAGCGCGCUUUGCGGGUUUUGGAUGGCGCAAUUUUGGUUCUCUGCGCUGUCGGUGGGGUACAAAGCCAGACCCUCACUGUGAACAGGCAGAUGGCUCGGUACCAUGUUCCGACAAUUGGGUUUAUUAAUAAACUGGAUCGGCUCUCUGCCGAUCCGAAGAGGGUUCUGAUGCUCAUGCGUGAGAAAUUGCACCAUAACGCAGCUUUUAUCCAGCUACCAAUUGGAUUGGAAAGUAAAUUCAGCGGUAUAGUGGAUUUAAUUAACGAACGCGCUAUUUAUUUUGAUGGUGAAAAUGGCGAAACGGUGCGGUAUGAUGCUAUUCCGAAAGAUAUGUUGGCCGAGGUGAAAGAUCGUAGACAGGAGCUUAUCGAGCACGUCAGCAAUGCGGACGAAACUUUGGGAAAUUUGUUCUUGGAAGAGAAAACCCCUACGGUGCAAGAUUUGAUGGCCGGAAUUCGAAGAGCUUGUUUGAAACGGGAGUUUACACCAGUGCUAGUUGGCUCCGCCUUGAAAAACAAGGGUGUACAGCCAUUGUUGGACGCCGUAAUAGAUUUUCUACCAAACCCAGCGGAACGGGAGAAUUAUGGCCUUUUGGAAACCACAAAGGGUGCCGAACCCGAGCAUGUUCCUUUGAAUCCCGCACGGGAUGACUUGCAUCCUUUCCUCGGCCUGGCCUUUAAGAUUGAUGUGACCAGGUAUGGCCAGUUAACCUACAUCCGCGUGUAUCAAGGUUGUAUGCGGCGCGGCGAUUUUGUGUGGAAUGCCCGUACUGGGAAAAAAGUCAAGGUUGGCCGUCUAGUCCGCAUGCAUUCGGCCGAUAUGGAAGACGUGACGGAAGUGUAUGCCGGGGAUAUUUGUGCGUUGUUCGGUGUGGAUUGUGCGUCAGGUGACACGUUUGUUACGCAACAUGAUUACCGGGUGUCGAUGGAGUCGAUGCACAUACCAGAGCCUGUGAUUAGCAUGUCGCUGACGGCGAAGGAUUCUACUGUGACGGAAAAUUUCUCUAAAGCUAUUAAUCGUUUCACUAAAGAAGAUCCCACGUUCCGCGUUCAUUAUGACGGGGAGAUGAAGGAAAUGAUUUGUCAAGGCAUGGGCGAGUUACAUUUGGAGAUCUAUGCCCAGCGCAUGGAGCGUGAAUACAAUACUCCGGUGAUUCUCGGCAAGCCGAAGGUUGCUUUCCGAGAAACUUUAACGGCACCUGUGCAGUUUGACUAUCUGCAUAAGCGGCAGAGUGGUGGUGCGGGACAGUACGGCCGCGUUAUUGGAACGCUGGAACCGUUGGAACCGGCUAGAAAUUUGGAAGUACUGUUUAAGGAUCUGACAGUGGGAACAAAUCUUCCGAAACCGUUCAUCCCGGCUGUUGAAAAGGGGUUUAGGCAUGCAUGCGAAAAGGGUCCGUUGAUGGGCGCAAAGGCAUCUGGAAUCCGGUUUGUAGUGAAGGAUGGAGCUCACCAUAUCGUUGACUCCAAUGAGAUUGCCUUUAUGUUGGCGGCGCAGGGUGCCAUGGAGGAUUGUUAUGAACAAGGAAAAUGGCAGAUUUUAGAACCCAUUAUGACGGUGGAGGUCAACGCGCCGAUAGAGUUUCAGGGACAAGUUACAGCGCAGUUGCAACGGCGUCAAGGAAUGGUGACAGGUACUGAUUCUGCACAUGAUUGGUUCUCCGUAUUUGUGGAAAUCCCUUUGAAUGAAAUGUUUGGGUAUUCUUCUGAGUUACGUGGUGCCACACAAGGAAAAGGUGAAUUCACUAUGGAAUACUGCCGUUAUUCUCCUUGUCUACCGGCCACACAGGAGGCUUUGAUACAACAGUAUCAAAAAGAACAAGAAGUCGCUGAUGCACAAGCUGUUCUGAAAAAGAAGAAGCGAAAUUAGUUAUUGUUAUUGUUGCCAGCGCUUUUGUUGCAGCGAAGUCAAAGCUUAUUGAAAACAACGGUUCUGUUGCGCUUAUGCACCGAGUGUAAAUCAGAAUGAAACUAUCAAAUUAAAAAAAUUGUUCCGGCUAUCAGUACGCUGUAAUGGA